GCCUGGACUGCACCGCUUCCAGAUUCCGGGUCCAGUAGUCCCAGCCCGCGCGAUGGGCUCCCCCAGUCACUCAUCUCCACCGCAUUGCCCGGCAAACCCCGCGCCGGAGGCCAGGCGAGGCAGCGGCUCACCCAAGGGCACCCCGGUCUGCGCCCCAGCACCCGGGUGGGGUGGGGUGCCGCGGGGAGCGGGGUGGAGGUGAGGGGCCCCGGAGUCUGAGGUCCCGCCCCGGCUCCCCGCAGCUGCGGCUGUCCCAGGCGCCCCGGCUGGUUUUGGGGGCUGGGGGUUGGGGGGCAGCUGCGACGCGGGGUGGGGCCGCCCGGCCCGGAGGUGGCCCGUCGCGCGUCCCCGGACCGCGAGUGUCCCCGGGGGCGCCGCCUGGGGUGGGGCUGUCCGGCCUGCAACCCGAGCUGCUGCACCGGGUUAAAAAUACCCCCUGAGCUGCCCGGCCCCUCCCCCGGGGCCCUCCCGCCCGCCCGCACCCCCUCCCCCCGGACCCGCCGCCUAGGCUGGGGUGUCCGCCGGCUGCUGCGCAGGGCGAGCGGGGACCCGGGAGGCGGCAGAUAGCUGCGGGGCGCCGGGAUAGGGACCCGGAGGAAGCGGGCCGGGGCGCAGGAGGAGGAGGGCGGAGGGGCGGACGGGUGGAGGAGGGCGGGAGCUGCGCUCUUCCUGGUUGGGCCCUGCCCUCAGCUGCCACCAAGGAGGCCAGCCGCAGGACCACAGCGAUCCCCCCAGACACCGCUCCCCCAGGAUGGCAGAGGAAUUCAUCACCCCGGUGUACUGCACCGGGGUGUCGGCCCAAGUGCAGAAGCAGCGUGCCAAGGAGCUGGGGCUGGGCCGGCACGAGAAUGCCAUCAAGUACCUGGGCCAGGACUAUGACCAGCUGCGGGCAUGCUGUCUGCAGAGUGGGGCGCUCUUCCGGGACGAAGCCUUCCCCCCCAUCCCCCAGAGCCUGGGCUUCAAGGACCUGGGUCCCAACUCCUCUAAAACCUAUGGCAUUAAGUGGAAGCGGCCCACGGAGCUUCUGUCAAACCCCCAGUUCAUUGUGGAUGGGGCCACACGCACUGACAUCUGCCAGGGAGCGCUGGGGGACUGCUGGCUCCUGGCCGCCAUCGCCUCCCUCACCCUCAACGACACCCUCCUGCACCGUGUGGUGCCUCAUGGCCAGAGCUUCCAGGAUGGCUAUGCGGGAAUCUUCCACUUCCAGCUGUGGCAGUUCGGGGAAUGGGUGGACGUGGUGGUGGACGACCUGCUCCCCACCAAGGACGGGAAGCUGGUGUUCGUGCACUCGGCCCAAGGCAACGAGUUCUGGAGCGCGCUGCUGGAGAAGGCUUACGCCAAGGUGAAUGGCAGCUACGAGGCCCUGUCGGGGGGCAGCACCUCCGAGGGCUUUGAGGACUUCACAGGCGGGGUCACUGAGUGGUACGAGCUGCGCAAGGCGCCCAGCGAUCUCUACCAGAUCAUCCUCAAGGCGCUGGAAAGAGGUUCACUGCUCGGCUGCUCCAUUGACAUCUCCAGUGUCCUGGACAUGGAAGCCGUAACCUUCAAGAAGCUCGUGAAGGGCCAUGCCUACUCUGUGACCGGGGCCAAGCAGGUGAACUACCUGGGCCAGAUGGUCAACCUGAUCCGAAUGCGGAACCCCUGGGGCGAGGUGGAGUGGACUGGAGCCUGGAGUGACGGCUCCACGGAGUGGAACAACGUGGACCCUUAUGAACGCGAGCAGCUCCGCAUCAAGAUGGAAGACGGGGAGUUCUGGAUGUCCUUCCGGGACUUCAUGCGCGAAUUCACACGCCUGGAAAUCUGCAACCUGACCCCCGACGCGCUCAAGAGCCGCGCGGUGCGCAGCUGGAACACCACGCUGUACGAGGGCACCUGGCGGAGGGGCAGCACGGCCGGGGGCUGCCGUAACUACCCGGCUACUUUCUGGGUGAACCCCCAGUUCAAGAUCCGGCUGGACGAAGUGGACGACCCCGACGACGACUACGGGGGCCACGAGUCGGGCUGCAGCUUCGUGCUGGCCCUCAUGCAGAAGCACCGCCGCAGGGAGCGCCGCUUCGGCCGCGACAUGGAGACCAUCGGCUUCGCCGUCUACGAGGUCCCUCCGGAGCUGGUGGGCCGGCCGGCCGUGCACCUCAAGAGGGACUUCUUCCUGGCCAACUCGUCGCGGGCGCGCUCGGAGCAGUUCAUCAACCUGCGGGAGGUCAGCACCCGCUUCCGCCUGCCGCCCGGGGAGUAUGUGGUGGUGCCCUCCACCUUCGAGCCCAACAAGGAGGGCGACUUCGUGCUGCGCUUCUUCUCGGAGAAGAGAGCGGGCACCGAGGAGCUAGAUGACCAGGUCCAGGCCAACCUCCCGGACGAGCGCGUGCUCUCAGAGGAAGAGAUUGAUGAGAACUUCAAGACGCUCUUCAGACAGCUGGCUGGGGCGGACAUGGAGAUCAGUGUCCGGGAGCUGCGAACCAUCCUCAACCGGAUCAUCAGCAAACACAAAGACCUGCGCACCAACGGCUUCAGCCUGGAGUCCUGUCGCAGCAUGGUCAACCUCAUGGAUCGUGACGGCAACGGGAAGCUCGGCCUGGUGGAAUUCAACAUCCUGUGGAACCGCAUCCGGAACUACCUGGCCAUCUUCCGGCAGCUUGACCUGGACAAGUCGGGCAGCAUGAGCGCCUACGAGAUGCGGAUGGCCAUAGAGUCUGCAGGCUUCAAGCUCAACAAGAAGUUGUACGAGCUGAUCAUCACCCGCUACUCGGAGCCCGACCUGGCCGUGGACUUCGACAACUUCGUGUGCUGCCUGGUGCGGCUGGAGACCAUGUUCCGGUUCUUCAAAGCUCUGGACACAGACCUGGAUGGGGUGGUGACCUUCGACCUGUUUAAGUGGUUACAGCUGACCAUGUUUGCAUGAGGAGGGCCCGGUCCCUGGCUGCUCUCCCCCAUUCCUGUCUGCCCAGCCUUCCUGCCAGCCCCCCCACCAGCUGCAAGUGCCUUCCCAGGAGUGGGGGCAACCGAGCCCCCCCACGCUCUCCCUGCAUCUCCCAGUUACGCCAUACCACAGCUCUGGGAGGAGCUGCGUGGCCCCUCUCCAUGGGCUCCAACGGACUCCCCCAGCCUUCCAUGGAGGGGCAGCUUCUGCUUGUCAACCUUAGGAUGGGGGGGUAUCCCCACUGUCCCCCGGCCUCACUCCAGGGCUGCGUCCCCACCGGUCUCACCGCAGACCUUAAACAGAACCACUAGCUCUGCCCGUCUUCACCCUUCAGUCCUGACUGCAGAGCCCCACCCAGCUGGACCCCCUGGGGGGCUCAGAGCACCCUUUCCGGCCCCCACACCCCACCCUCCGUGCCCCACGCAGGGGGCAGGUCCUCCCCUCCCCUGCACCUCCUUUUGUAUGUCAGUCAUUUUAAUGGGGACUCUUCGGGCGGGAACUGGCAUUCCCAGGAUGGGGGAGCCAGAGGCACCUGAACAUGGUGGGGGGGUCUCGUGUUCCCAUGGCGAGGAACCACAAACAAUAAAGAGGUGCCCCCGCA